UUUGGUCAUUUUGUGGAUCAACAGGGUGUAAUGGUGAAGAAACCCCAGUUAUUGUAUGCUAAAAUUGGAAACCAUGUGGAAAUAGGAGCCAAUACGUGUGUUGACAGAGGCAGCUGGCGAGAUACAACAAUAGGUGAUCACACAAAGAUUGAUAAUCUAGUUCAGAUUGGACACAAUGUGGUCAUUGGGCAGUGUUGCAUGAUUUGUGGGCAAGCUGGUAUUGCAGGCUCUGCAACAUUGGGUGAUUAUGUUGUUAUGGGAGGAAGAUCGGGAAUUAAAGAUCAUGUUUCUGUUGCUUCCAAGGUCAGACUAGCAGUAUCCAGUAUUGUGAUAACGAACAUUGCUGAUCCUGGUGACUAUGCUGGAUUUCCAGCUGUCCCUGCUAAUAAAUGGCGUAAGUCAGUAAUUGCCUUCCGCAGAUUGUCAAAACACAAUAAUUUGUGAUCAAGGUGCUGUUCUGGAGAUGAGUUAUUUUAUUUCCAAGUUUACAGAAUGUCCUGUAAUCUCUUUAUGCAAAGACAAUCUAUUUAUGCCCAGCAAAGUUUCUAGUUCCAUGUUGGGCAAUAAAGGGCACCAUUCAUUGCUGAGUAUGCAGUAGGAAUUUUGAAUUGAAGAAAGGAUUCUACUUGGAUUGCCAAUUACAAGGAGCAUAAUUAUUCUCGACUUGAAUUUCUUUACUUAUCCCAUAUGUAGAAGUAUACACCAUGCAAUUAAAUUACAUGUCCUUACCAGUGUAUUGUAGGUCCCUGCUAAUAAAUGGCGUAAGUCAGUAAUUGCCUUCCGUAGAUUGUCAAAACACAAUAAUUUGUGAUCAAGGUGCUGUUCUGGAUAUGAGUUAUUUUAUUUCCAAGUUUACAGAAUGUCCUGUAAUCUCUUUAUGCAAAGACAAUCUAUUUAUGCCCAGCAAAGUUUCUAGUUCCAUGUUGGGCAAUAAAGGGCACCAUUCAUUGCAGAGUAUGCAGUAUGAAUUUUGAAUUGAAGAAAGGAUUCUACUUGGAUUGCCAAUUACAAGGAGCAUUAUUAUUCUCGACGAAGAGACUGGGGGAUUGAUUUGCAUGAAUAUUUUUUAAGAACAGCUGUCUUAUGCAGGUUUCAUUAUCCAUAGCUAUCUAUAAAAACUGCAAGCUAAAGUUCUGCUUACAUGCAUAGGGUAAUAUAAUUGUAAAUUGAAAAUAGCAUUGCCACCUAAAAUUUCAAAGUAAUUUACCAUUUUUCAGCAUUA